AUGAACGGUGAUACGUAUUCUGCCAGAGAUUCUGGCCGUCCUCGCGAUUACUAUCGGCGUGAGCGAGACCGAGGCGACCGACCAGACCGAGGUGAUCGACCAGAACGUGGAGAUAGACCUGAUAGAGGAGAACGAAGACGAUCGCGAUCUCCUCACUUCGGUCCUAGAGGCUCGCGACGUGAGCCUGAGGCCAAUUCAUACUCAUCUAGCCGUGACUACCGUGCCCGUGAACGCGAGGAUCGCUACUCCAACCGCCGAGAGGACCGGGAUUGGGAUCGCGGUGACCGCGGAGAGAAUCGUGGCGAAACCCGUGGGGAGAAUCGUGGAGAGAACCGCGGAGGAGAUCGUGGAGGCGAUCGUGGUGAUCGCGGCGGUCGCCGCCGAGACUUUGAUGACAGACCCCGACGUGACCUGUUUGACGAGCGACCUCGCCGCGGUGGCGGUGAUCGCGAAGGUGGUCGCCCAGAGCGGGAGCGUGGAGAUCGGGGAGACCGUGGAGGUGACAGACGAGAGCGCAAGAGAUCCGCAUCUCCUCCUCGAAAGAAGGAGCCUACCCCAGACCUGACAGAUAUUCCAUCCAUCCUCGAACGGAAACGCCGUCUCACUCAAUGGGAUAUCAAGCCCCCUGGCUACGAAAAUGUCACUGCAGAGCAAGCUAAACUCUCUGGCAUGUUCCCUCUUCCCGGAGCGCCACGUCAACAACCAAUGGAUCCCACACGUCUGCAGGCGUUCAUGAACCAGCCUGCAGGUGGUGUGGUUGAGAAUACUGCUCUCAAGCCGUCGAACUCUCGUCAAUCCAAGCGUCUUUUCCUCUACAAUAUUCCCUCCGGCGUUAAUGGAGAUGCCGUCAUGUCUUUCUUUAACUUGCAAUUGAACGGCCUGAACGUCGUCCAGAGCGUUGACCCCUGUGUCUCGGCCCAAUUGUCCGAGGACUCACAAUUUGCCCUUCUGGAGUUCAAGACCCCCGAUGAUGCAACCGUUGCUCUCGCCUUGGAUGGUAUCACUAUGGCCGAGAGUGGUGAUAAGGGACUGGAGGUCCGCCGGCCCAAGGACUAUAUUGUUCCCAAUGGAAGUGCAGACCAGGAAUACCAGGAAGGUGUCCUUCUCAACGAAGUGCCAGAUUCACCAAAUAAGAUCUGCGUCUCCAAUAUCCCGGCUUAUAUCCCGGAAGAGCCUGUUACAAUGUUGCUCAAGUCCUUCGGCGAGCUCAAGUCAUUUAUUCUAGUUAAAGAUGCGUCUACUGAAGAAUCGCGGGGUAUCGCAUUCUGCGAGUACGCGGACCCAGCUGCCACCCCCAUUGCUGUGGAAGGACUCAAUGGUAUGGAGCUCGGUGACCGUCACCUGAAGGUCACCCGUGCUAGUAUCGGUACCACUCAGGCAGCUGGUCUGGACAUGGGCGUCAAUGCUAUGUCCAUGUUUGCCAAGACAACUUCUCAGGAUAUGGAGACCGGUCGUGUGCUACAGCUCCUGAACAUGGUUACGGUUGAUGAACUUCUUGACAAUGAAGACUACGAAGAAAUCCUCGAAGAUGUCACUGAGGAGUGCGGCAAAUUCGGCAAGGUCCUGAGCCUUAAGAUUCCUCGUCCUGGCGGUGCGGGCCGCCAAACAUCAGGCGUGGGUAAGAUUUUCGUCAAGUUUGACACAGAACAGUCCGCCACCAAUGCACUGAAGGCCCUUGCAGGCCGUAAAUUCUCGGACCGAACUGUUGUUGUUUCAUACUUUGGCGAGGAAAAUUUCGAUGUGGAUGCCUGGUGA